AUGGUGAGUCCCGCUGUCUUGGCCACCGCGGCCGUGACCGUGGUUUUUCUGUUUGCUCAACGCUACUUCUCGCUGCCUGUCCUGCCCAACGAGCCCUUGCUCAUCCCACACUGGAUGCCCUUCUUCGGCCAUGCCUUCAGUUUCGCUCGCAGCAAGCGAUCGUUCUUCCGCUGGGCUAACGCCAAAACGGGCGGACAACCCUUCAGCGUCCCCAUGGGAGGCCGUCGCCACUACAUCUUCAGCGAUCCCGCUGACAUUGCUGGUAUCCACAAGAAUGGCAAAACCCUGAGUAUUCGAGGUUUUGUUCGGUUCAUUUACAUCUCUAUCUGGGGCUUCAAGCCGGCCGAUGCCGAUGCCAUGUGGGAGAUCAAGCCCGAGUGGCACCGCAUGGAUAUCGAGUGGCUGCUGUCAGACAAAAACGAUCAAAUUGCCGUGAACUACCUGCAUAGAAUUGAGGAGCAGCUCUGCGUCCUGGAUGCAGAAGUCGAGGGGGCUCCGGACAAAGCCAUUGUGCGGCCGGGUCUCAAGACGGUGGUUGAUGUGCAGGGUAAGGCAACGUGCCAGGUCUUGUAUGGCGCGACCACUCUCGAGAAGCACCCCGAACUGCUGGACGAUCUUACCACUAUGGUCCGUGACGGCUUCUGGGGCUUGCUGUUCCGCGCGCCUCGGUUCCUCUUCCGUAAUGCCUACGAAGCCCGCGAUCGGAUUAUCAACACCUACGCCGAUCUGGCCGAGAAUAUCGAGACCCGCAAGGAUAUUUCCCCAUAUCUAUACGAGCGGACUGUGUACCUGACGCAGCAGGGGAUCAGCCCUCGAGCUCAAGGUGCGGAUAUGUUGCGGACGAUGUUUGCUUCCCUCCUUAAUUCCAUGCCCACGGGAUAUCUGGCCCUGCUUCACAUUCUCGCCGAGCCUGGUCUUGCCGACGAGGUGCGCAAGGAGCUCAUUGAUUGCGGCUAUCUCGAGCGGUCGCCCAAGGAGAUGCUCGAGAUCCUUCCCGGGAAGAUGCCUCUCCUCAGGUCCAUCUGGCACGAAACGCUGCGCAUGCACAACAACUCACUGACGGUGCGCGAGGUCACGGCAGACACCAAGUUCACGGGCAAGAACACGUGGCAGGUCCAGAAGGGAGGCGUCAUCAAUAUCCCCUGCGGUCUGAUGCAUUUCAACGAGGCACUGCACCCGGACCCGGAGUCGUUCCAUGCGCGUCGCUUCAUGGAGAAGGACCUCGGUGGUGAGGGCGAGAGUCACGCUCGCACCACGAAGCCCUUCGGCGGUGGUUCAACGCACUGCCCCGGUCGGGUCUUUGCGGAGAAGCAGAUGAUCGGGCUGGUCGCUGCUUUGCUUAUGCGCUACGAUAUGGGAAUUGUGAAUGCGGAUUGGAAGAUGCCGCUGGUCUCGGAGUUUGAUGAUAUCACUAAGCAGCCCACUGUGUGGGUCAGGAUUUCUAAGAGAGUUUGA